CAACCGGAAGGAGCUGUUUGAAUGUGUCAUACCAUGUAGCUCCAGUCUGAAGUUAAACAGCCCGAUGAUGCCAGGCGUUUGAAAACCUGCUUUCUGCAAACGGAAGAAUACUACAGAUAAUGUAGCUGACACACGCCGAAAGACCGCCAUCUUUCAACCGCCUCUCUCUCCAUCAGCAGAUCAGAAGCGACAAUCGAUCCAUAUUUAAACCAUCGUCCAUUUCCCUAGAGAGUGAUGUCUGGAGCGUCGAGCAAUGACUGCCCUCACUUGGAGUGUGUGGGGGAGAUCACCAAGGAAGAACUCAUUCAGAAGUCUCACGGUCAGUGUCAGGACUGUAAAGUCGGAGGACCGAACCUUUGGGCCUGUCUAGAGAACGGCUGUUCAUAUGUUGGCUGUGGAGAGUCACAUGCGGAUCACAGCACUGUCCACUCUCAGGAGACGCGGCACAACCUGACAGUGAAUCUGACCACUUUGAGAGUGUGGUGCUACGCCUGCACAAAGGAGGUGUUCCUGGAAAGAAAACUGGGUCCACACACACACUCACCCAGCGCUGCCAAACCCAUCUCUCCAGUACAGGAUUCCAAAGCUCCCGGGAGCCCCACCUCCUUGAGAAUCCCUCCCGCGGGAAACUGUGAUGACCUGGACAUGGAAACUGAGGAGGAGGACGAACUGAGGACCAGAGGUCUGACUGGACUGAAGAACAUCGGCAAUACCUGCUACAUGAAUGCAGCGCUCCAGGCGCUCUCUAACUGUCCUCCACUGACUCAGUUUUUCUUGGACUGUGGCGGUCUGGUGAAGACAGACAAGAAGCCAGCGCUAUGCAAGAGCUAUCAGAAACUCAUCACAGACCUGUGGCACAAAAACAGGAACUCCUAUGUUGUUCCCACAAAUCUAUUCCAGGGCAUUAAGGCUGUAAACCCAAUGUUUCGUGGUUAUUCCCAACAGGACUCUCAGGAGUUCCUGCGUUGUCUGAUGGACCAACUCCACGAGGAGCUCAAGGAGCUCAUUCCUGAACCCGAGGACCCAAACCAAGCUUUGGCCAUGGAUGACAGUCCCGACGAGGACAACCACAGCCAAUCCGACGACUUCCAGUCCUGCGAGUCGUGCGGCAGCAGCGAUCGUGCCGAAAGCGAAGGCCCCAGAGUCCCAGAAGACAUCAACGAAGCGGAGAUGCUGAUGCCAGAGCAGAACCAAAACAACCGGGAUUGGCAGAAAGAGAAAAAUCUCAUCAACAACUUGUACCGUGCCGGUUCCCAUUGUGACCUGGAUAAAGACGUGGACACGACCACCGAGUCUAGGCCGAUUAUCAGCAGCCAAGGAGCCAUUAAAGCUCAGGGCCGAACUUCAGGUGAACAUUCAAACCCUGAAACCCAUGUCAGCAGUAGCGUCAGGCCGCAGAGUCCCUGUGGAAAUGAUGGAAUCACAUCUAGACUGUCCUGCAGUCCCCCCAAAUCCAUGUGGACAAACCUGAGCUCAACUCACAAGAAAGUACCCUCGUUCAACCCACCUAAGAGCAAGCGGCAGAGGAAAUAUCGCAGCAUCAUCUCUGAAGUGUUCGACGGCACCAUUGUCAGCUCAGUUCAGUGUCUGACCUGCGACCGGGUAUCGGUGACUUUGGAGAACUUCCAGGACAUCUCUCUGCCCAUCCCAGGGAAAGAGGACCUUGCCAAGCUGCACUCGUCCUCCCACCAGACGGCUCUUGUCAAGGCUGGUUCCUGUGGGGAAGCCUACGCCCCUCAAGGCUGGAUUUCUUUCGUCAUGGAAUAUAUCAAGAGUUGGUUCUGGGGGCCUGUGGUCACGCUGCAGGACUGUCUGGCUGCCUUUUUUGCCAGGGAUGAACUAAAAGGAGACAACAUGUACAGCUGUGAAAAAUGCAAGAAGUUACGGAAUGGGGUCAAAUUCUGCAAAGUUCAGAGUUUGCCAGAGAUUUUGUGCAUUCACCUCAAGCGCUUCAGACAUGAACUUAUGUUCUCCACCAAAAUCGGCACUCACGUGUCCUUCCCUUUGGAAGGCCUCGAGAUGCAGCCCUUCCUGGCCAAGGACAGCUCUGACCAGACCACCACCUACGACCUGCUGUCAGUCAUCUGUCACCACGGCACUGCCAGCAGUGGCCACUAUAUUGCCUAUUGUCGAAAUGAACUGAACCAGCAGUGGUACGAGUUUGAUGACCAGAGUGUUACUGAGGUGUCUGAGUCCUGUGUUCAAAACGCAGAGGCAUAUGUGCUCUUUUACAAGAAGAGUAAUGACGAGUCUCAGAAAGAGAGGCGGAAGGUGACCAGUCUGCUCAACAUGAUGGAGCCAAGCCUCCUGCAGUUCUACAUCUCCCGCCAGUGGCUGAACAAGUUCAAAACCUUCGCUGAGCCAGGACCCAUCUCCAACCAUGACUUCCUGUGUGCCCACGGAGGUAUUCCGCCAAAUAAAGCCACAUCCAUUGAUGAUCUUGUUAUGAUGCUUCCCCAAAGUGUAUGGGAUCAUCUGUAUAGCAGGUACGGAGGCGGCCCCGCUGUCAAUCACUUGUAUGUCUGCCACACCUGCCAGACCGAGAUCGAGAAGCUGGAGAAACGCCGCAAGAAUGAGCUGGACAUGUUUGUUCGGCUCAAUAAGGCGUUUCAGGAGGAGGAGUCUCCUGUGGUGAUAUACUGUAUCAGCAUGCAGUGGUUCCGGGAAUGGGAAGGCUUUGUCAAAGGCAAGGACAUUGAUCCACCGGGGCCAAUUGAUAACUCCAAGAUUGCUAUAAAUAAAAAUGGACACAUCACAUUAAAGCCAGGUGCCGAUUCAGGUCAGAUAUCAGAAGAGACCUGGAACUUCCUCCAUUCCAUCCACGGAGGAGGGCCGGUGGUGACCGUGCGGCCCAGUGUCAGCCAUCAGGAGUCGGAGAGUUCUCAAGCAGAGGAGAAGAUCGAAGUGGAGACGCGCUCGGUGUAGUUGCGCCGAGAUGCUGCUGGGCCGCAAGGGGACCGACAAACUUCUUAUUUUGCACUUCACUUUAGUUUUUCAAGCAUUCUAGCAAAGGACCUGACAGCUUCACCUCAACAUACACACUCUUUACACCCUUUAUGACUGUUCUUUAUAGCAGACGGGUGGAUUAAUCAUCCUCCUGUGUGCUUCACAUGUGUAUAUAUCGUGCAUAUCCACUUCCUUUUGACACUAGAAACCAAUUUUCACAGUCCAUUAAUGCAUUCGAUAUCUGUGUGCAACUGCAUUCAUGACAGAAUUUGCUUCGCCUGAACCAAAUAGACCAUGAUUUGCGUACAGCGAAAAAGUCCACUGCAUCUGUACAUAUUUUUGAGGCACUGCCUCGCUUAAGAAAAUGAAAGAAUACGUUGUCUUAGUGGAUGAAAGCUUCAUGUUUUGGGUAUGAAGGGAUACUAAAAGCUACGUAGUCUCAGGAAAGAACAUAUUCGUUUUGCACUGUACUGUAGAUUCAAAAGGUGCAUGCUUCAGCUCUGAUGUUCCAUAUGUAUUUGAAUGUACUAGUACUUAAAGAACACGCGUUCCUGCACUAAAUGUUAUUUAUUCCAGAAGGGUAUGAUUAUUCCGGCAUUCAUGGACGUUUUUUCUUUGUUGGAAAAUGAUUUGACAAGGUAAAGCAGACAAAGCAGAAUGCGCGCUAAUAGGAAUGAUGUGGCACAUUAUGCUGGCAAGAAAAUCGAUUUCUUCAUUUUUAUUUGUUGCAUGGAGAUGCAAACAAUAAGGUGCGCAUUUGAACACAUCAAUGGCUGUCUUGUUUAAAAAUGCUAUGUAAAAGGAAAAAAAAAAAAAUCAGAUCAAUUAAAUCCUGCUGCCGCACAUGUGUACAUUCAAGGCAUUAUUUAAUGUAUAGAAGGAUGUGAUGUUUUUCGAUAUUAAUUGUCCGCAGAGACGAAAGCUGUAUCUGAGUGGCUACUAUUAAACCCCAAAACUUGUGCUGUC